AGAACAGUAAUUAUUUUUUUCGAAUGUAAUACUAAUUUGAAAUUUCGAAUGUGAAACUUCUUGAACGCACAAACGUCAAACCGGCCAUCAUAGCGUGCCGCUACUAUAAGUACGUAAAAUCUCCUCACUAAAGGGAACGUCAUAAUUUAUAAUAACUCAAAAAGACCCUCAUCUAAUAAAAGACCAUAAAAUUAGUUCCGAUUUCGGCCACUCGCCAUAAGAUCUUGGUCGCAUCUUUGAUGUAUAGUGUAUACGGCGCUUAAGUAUUCAGUUGAAAAAGUGAAGCUCAAAUUGAAUGAGAAUUCGAUUUAAUGUCACAUCACUUUUGUAGUUACACGGCGCUUUUUUGACAAUUCUAACAAAAUCUGUAAUCUGUGAACAUGACAUUUUAAUUUUGUGUGAAACUGAAAACAGUACAGUAAAAUUGAAAUAACUCUGAAAUAUUUCAAAAAUAAAAUACCAGCCAUGGCUCCAAUUGAGCAAGAUGUGGAAAUGAAAAAUGUAGAAAGUCCUGCAGCCACCAGUGACGUGGAAAUGAGUGAAGUGAAAAAAGAUGCUGAUGUACUAAGCGUCCAGGAUCUAAGGGAACAUGUGAGACAAAUCGACAAAGCAGUGACCUCUAAAGAACCAAGAUUUGCAAUGAGAGUUCUUCGAUCUCUCCCAAGUACCAGAAGGAAAUUAAAUGGUAAUGUUUUACGUGCUAUUAUAAAUCAACUUUAUCCAUCAAGUAGCGACAAAGAAACUCUGCUUACUUUUGUUGAAAACCCAUUGCCCAAUGCAGUAGAAAUAGAAGCUCCGCGAUCGAGAAGUGCUCCGAAGGUACCAGUACCCGAAGUUGACGUUUAUAUUCAUCUAUUGGUUCUGCUUCGUUUGUUAGAUACAAACAAGUUAGAGGAAGCCACCGAUUGCUCUCAGCAAUUGAUGAACAAAGUCACUGCUCAGAACCGCAGGACUCUUGACUUAAUUGCUGCCAAGUGCUAUUUCUAUCAUUCAAGAGUCUUUGAAUUGACAAAUAAGCUGGAUCUUAUUAGAGGAUUACUACAUGCUCGUCUUCGCACUUCUACACUCCGUAAUGACUAUGAAGGCCAGGCUGUCCUUAUAAAUUGCCUGCUGCGAAACUAUUUACAUUAUUCAUUGUAUGAUCAGGCAGAUAAAUUAGUAAGUAAAUCUGUUUACCCUGAAAAUGCAAGCAACAAUGAGUGGGCAAGAUUUCUGUAUUAUUUGGGCAGAAUAAAAGCAGCUCGACUUGAAUAUAGUGAUGCUCAUAAGCACUUGGUACAGGCCCUGAGAAAAGCACCUCAAACUGCUGCUGUUGGAUUCCGUCAAACAGUACAAAAAUUAGCCAUUGUUGUGGAAUUGCUUCUUGGAGAUAUACCAGAACGUGCUAUUUUUAGACAAGCUCCACUCAGAAAGGCUUUGGCACCAUACUUUCAGUUAACCCAAGCUGUGCGUUUGGGUAAUCUCCAGCGAUUUGGAGAAGUAUUGGAAAAUUAUGGACCACAAUUCCGCAUUGACCAUACAUUCACUUUAAUCCUCCGUUUGAGACAGAAUGUCAUUAAGACAGCCAUUCGCUCCAUUGGAUUGUCAUAUUCUCGUAUAUCACCUAAAGAUAUUGCUAGAAAACUGGGGUUAGAUUCUGCUGAAGAUGCUGAGUUUAUAGUCGCAAAGGCCAUUCGUGAUGGAGUUAUUGAGGCUACACUCGAUCCCGAAAAGGGAUACAUGAGUAAUAAAGAGAGCUCUGAUAUUUAUUGCACCCGUGAACCUCAGUUAGCUUUCCAUCAGCGUAUCUCGUUUUGUUUGGAUCUUCACAACCAGAGUGUGAAAGCUAUGCGGUAUCCACCCAAGUCUUAUGGCAAAGAGCUUGAAAGUGCAGAGGAGCGCCGUGAAAGAGAACAACAGGAUUUGGAACUGGCUAAAGAAAUGGCUGAAGAAGAUGAUGAUGGAUUCCCUUAAACAGUUUAUUUAAACUAGAGUAAUAUCAAACAGUUUAUUUAAACUAGAGUUCUUUAUCAAACUGUUUUGUAUUAACACUAUAAUGUUAGUUGCUAAUGCUUUGUGGAUUGAAUUAUAUUCCUGUCUAAUAGAAUUGUGGUUUUCUUUCAAGUUGCCUAUUUUAUUAUCACAUCAUUAAUACCUAUGUUCUUUUGUUUUAAUAUAAAUUAUUAUUACUUAUAUCAUAACAAAUAGAUAAAGUGCUUUUUUAAAUUUUAUUAUUAUAUUUUAUGGCCUGUCUACAAACAAAUAUUUUGAGCUACUUAAAUGUUGCAUGAUUUGUUAAACAUCCAAAAUCAUUAUACCAAGUUGUUACAGCUGACUAAGUGUAACCAACAAAAAUCUAUAGGUUUUUUUUUUAUGCUUUUUUGGAAUUUUGUCCCUGUAGCAUGAGCACCAAUUUACGUUAUAACACGUUUUUUUAUCGGGUCUUACUAUCAAACUCCAUAAUAAUUUGACAAUUGAGCAUGAUAAAAACGCGUUAAGUAUUAUAUCGCGGUACUCAUGCUAGGGAGGCAUGUGUUUGUGUUUAACUCUUGCGAUAAAAGAUAUACCUGGUAAGCUUUAACGCAAGCUACAAUAAGCCUAAAGAAAUUAAUAUAUAAAAACACUUAAAAUACAUAAUGAAUUAUUAUUACACGAAUACAGGUAAUUACAAUUUAACACUAAAUACAGUGUAGAGAGUUACACUAUUUUGCAAAACCAAAGGAAACCAACUAAGGAAAAUCACGUUCUAAGGUCGAUUUCAGUUAAUUAAAUGAAAUUUGUUUGACGUAGUCUGAAUACCUACUUAUAAUCGUGUAAAUUAAUACGCGUGAAGUGAAUUCUGACAUUUUUUUUAUUAAUUUUCGAUGGAUUCUUUAAAACAGAUGUACACGGCCAAACAAUAAGAAGCCGGAAAUAAAGAUAAGAAUUUUUCUUUUUUUUUAUUAAAUAAAGUUACAAAUGUAAAAACCUAAUAACGAGGUUGACCUCCUCUUGCCAAAAUCACAGCUUAAAUCCUUCUGGGCAUGUUUUCCACAAUGUUUUGUACUGUUCUGCAACCUCUAUUUUUUUAACUCCCUGAUGUUUAGUGGUGCAAGUUGCACUGAUCUUACCAGUCUCUUUAGAACAUCCCAGACCUCAAUUGGGUUGAGGCCAGGGCAAGCCAGCUUGAGCCAAUCUAAACGGCGGAUCCCAACUUCUUGCAUGUAGGUACGCUUCUACGUACAACGGUGGGGACGAGCAUUGCUGUCCCUAAAAAUGGAAUCUUCCUCAACUACAGUCAAUGCGGGUUCAGCAAUGGAAUUAGGACUUCCGUCAUGUACCGGUGUGCAUUUAAUGUUCCAUUUUCUAUGAAAGCUAACUGCGUAAGCUCCGUCUAAUUAUUUAAAAAAUAAUUAGACUUGUGUUAAUUGCUGCUCAAAACAUAACGGAGUCUCCGCCAUAAGGAGUGAUUUCUUCGAAACACACUGCCGCAUAACGUUUUCGUGGUCUUCGCAGCACUCGCCAGCAUCGCGUGUCUGUCUUCUCCAUACAAAGAGAUUCUAGCUUCAUCAGAAAACAAUACUUUAUUCCAGUCCUCCCAGAGUUCAUGAAGCACAGUUUCGAACAAAAGUCGAGCAACACGGUGCUCACGGAGUGAUUUAGGGCCCCGGGCUGCAAAGCAUUCAAAUUCAAAUUCGUCUGCAAAGCAAUACGGUCGACGAAAAGUGUCUGGGAGUAUUGGCGACUUAUUUUUAAGGAUAUUGCCUAAAAUAUUCAUGAAAAUCAGCUUGGAGAAUUUACGUGAGGUACGUAAUGUUUUUAUGUAGGGGAGAGUGGGGAUAUUGCGGACACCUAAGGGAAUCCUUAAAUAAAAGAUAAAGUAUAAUCUCAAAUCAGUCAUUCUUUAUUAAUUAAUAAUUAUUAAACUUUGGUCUUUACAUUAUGAAAUUAUAGAUAUAAAUAUUAAAAACUAAUUUACUUCAACAUUCUUUUAUCAAAAAAAAACCCUUGCUGUCCGUAUUUACCCUGUAGGCUUCGAGUAAAUACUGACAGCAUGUGGGGUGAUUACGAAUGGCACUGUUAUUGCAGUUGCGACAUUAAAAAAAGUUUGAAACGCAACAAUAAUACAAAAAAAUAAUGAACUUGCAGGAAAGCCAAAGGGGAAGAUCUUCGUGUUGAGGAAGUGGAUCGUAGAAAGGAAAGACAAUCAGCUCGUAAUAUUUAGUUUAUGUAGUCCCAAUCACAUUACAUUUUUUUAGGUAUACACCGUUGACGUAUUUGCAAAAGUCCUAGAAUGAAGUAACGGUGACAUAGAGAACAGGCCAUCGAGUCGCCCUAACAAGAAGGUUUUACAUAAAAUCAUAUCUUCAACACACCUCCUUGAUUUUAUAGAAAACAACAAAAAAACAACUUAAU